AUGGGCGGAUCACGUGAUCUUUGUCCGGUACUCCGACUGAAAGCCCCGUUCAUCGAAGUUUACCCCGUUGCAGUUCAGUUCAACGAACUCGAUCCACAACAAGAUUUUGAGAUGGCGACCAGACAGGCAGCUUGUGAGCCCUGCCGCAAGGCAAAAGUCGCCUGCGACCACAUGUUACCGUGUAAUCGUUGUGAAACCAGUGGCAAGGGCGAGAGCUGCAUCUACAGGACGCGGCCCUUCAAGAGAAAGCAUCCGGAGAUGACUUCGCGCGUGAUUGAGACUCCACAUCAAACUCCUCCUGCCCCGUCCACGGCUUCUCCUGUCCCGGCACGUAACACGUAUCCAAACCCUGGGUACCUGGGCUACUCCAGCCAUGCCACCAUCUUCAAUCAUAUCCCUUCCGAUACUCCAGGGACCCCUGGACCUAGCAAUAGUGGUUCUACAGUCCCGAGGACUAGUCCCCUACAUUCAACACGAAGGGAAGACCCGGUGAUUCAGUGCGGAGCAGAUUUGAUCAAGCGGGCUGUUCUGACUUACAAAUUAAGUGACCUCCAGGGCUUGAUAUCAUUUUGGCUGGCGUUCGGUGUGAACCUGGCCCUCGGAGAACCCUUGGUCGAGCUGUGUGCUGCAACCAUGAGUCGGUUCUGCCAGAAUCUGACCGAGGAGAAUAGCACCUGGUUCUAUACUCAAUCACGGCUUUUGUACUACAACUCGAUGCGAAGGUUAAAGUACAGUCAAAACACCAGCCGAGCCCAGUUCGACGCUCAGUACUUGGAUGAUAGCACAAGGUGGGAAACAGUGGGCUUCUUCUUCACAGCUGUGGCUCGUGCCACGUUCGAUGUCAAGUUCUAUCCCUCUUUAUACAAGGAUGCGGCUGAGCUACUCGGGCUCAGAGAGUUUGCUGCAGACAUCAGUGACUCUUGCCUAGACUUAUGUCUCAAGUUGGACUGCAUGAAUGAUUUACAGCUUGUGCUCCAGUACGAAAACUUCAUCAUUCAUUCCUGCGUUGAUGGAGACCAGAAGCCACUUGAUCAGUACGACACCGCGUACAAGUGGCCGCCGGGAGUCGAGAUCAGCUAUAGGGCAGAAAUGCGUUGGUCUGCAUUAUGUGCUUGUCUAAAGGAAGAGGUCAUGGAAUUGUUAUUCAAAAAGAGGAGCGGCGAAAUUCUCGAAAAGGCAAGUGUGCAGCUCAAUAAGAUCGCGGGCCAUAGCACAAUGGGACGCUUUGCCAAGUCAUUUCAAACUAUCUCGCAGUCUCAAACAAACUACUCAAUCACCGUUCAGCAGAGACUUUCUGGCGAGCUGCUGCAGAACCUCAACGUACUCGUAGCCGAGGUGGACAUGGGUAGCCUUGUGAAGCAAGACGAGCCCAACUACGCUCUGCUCUCGCAAGUAACCCACACAAUAAGAGCUUUUCUUGACUCUGUCAGCUUUGUGGGAAGACAUGGGAGCUCGCAGUUGACGGGAGGAGCACGGUGGACGCAAGGGGCCGAGUUGCUGUCGCCUCAUAUCGAUUUGGCCAACCUGGACUUCGAGAUUGAGUUUUGGCAAAAUCUUGCAGGUUAUUCGUCUUUUCUAGAGGAUGACCCAGCAGGCUUUGUUUCACGGUAG